AAGAGAAACAGAGAAGCUCGAGCUCCACCACCAGCACCAUGGCCACCACCCAUCAACCUUUGCUAGAAGAAACCCCCAACCGAAAAACCUCUCCUUGGAAAUUUCUCUUUCUUCUUCUCUCUUUGGCCGCCAUCAUUGGCUCAAUCUGCAUAGCCACCACCAAGCUCAUCGCCAACACUACUACUGCCUCUUUCAACCCCUUUUCACCAGAAAACAUCUGCCAAAAUGCCCACGACAAGGCUUCGUGCCUGGCCAUGGUGUCAGAAGUUGCAUUCGAAAGAUCCACCAAAAUCACUCACAUGGAUUCACUGCAGAUGUUCUUGAGGAUAUCCGUGUCCGAAAUAAGGAAAAUUAAAGAGGCGGCGAGCGAUGCGAGCCACCGGAUCAACAACCCAGAAGCGCAGGCUGCCCUUGCAGAUUGCCUUGAGCUGAUGGACUUGUCCGUGGACAGAAUUGUGGACUCCAGAUUUGCGCUUGGGAACCAGACCAGAGGUUCCUAUUCGGAUGCCCAUUCAUGGCUCAGCAGUGUCCUAACCAACCAUUUUACAUGCAUGGAUGGGCUGAACGGUUCGGCUAAGUCCAUGAUGGAGCCUGGGCUGCAAAACUUGAUAGCAAGAGCUAGAGGUGCCCUGGCCAUGGUGGUUGCAGGAACAUCUUCACCAGACCAGCUCCGGCCGCUGAACCGGAGGUUUCCGGCCUGGGUAACUGCUAGAGACCGGUGGCUCAUGGAGGCUUUGCCGCGGGACGUCAAGGCCAAUGUGGUGGUGGCGAAAGACGGGAGUGGGAAGUAUAAAACGGUGAAGGAAGCAGUGGCCUCGGCGCCGAACAAAGGGAAGACGCGUUAUGUAAUCUAUGUGAAGAAGGGAACGUACAAAGAGAAUGUGGAGAUUGGGACAGCUAAGACGAAUGUGAUGCUGGUUGGAGAUGGCAUGGAUUCCACCAUUAUCACUGGGAGCUUGAACGUUGUGGAUGGAUCAACCACCUUCAAGUCUGCAACUGUUGCUGCAGUUGGCGACGGAUUCAUAGCCCAAGACAUCUGGUUCCAGAACACAGCUGGGCCGCAGAAGCACCAGGCGGUGGCGCUGCGCGUCGGGGCGGACCAGUCAGUCAUCAACCGCUGCCGGAUCGAUGCCUACCAGGACACCCUCUACACUCACAGUAACCGACAGUUCUAUCGAGACUGCUACAUCACCGGCACCGUCGACUUCAUCUUCGGAAACGCCGCCGUUGUCUUCCAGAACUGCAAGAUAGUGGCUCGAAAGCCGAUGAGCGGCCAGUUUAACACGGUUACAGCCCAAGGCCGGGAGGAUCCGAACCAGAACACGGGCACUUCGAUCCAGAAAUGCGAUGUGAUAGCUAGCUCCGAUCUGGCACAAGUACAAGGCUCGAUCAAAUCGUACUUGGGUCGGCCAUGGAAACAGUACUCUGUGACUGUGUUCAUGCAAUCAUACAUUGGAGAUCACAUUGAUCCGACGGGUUGGUCGCCGUGGAGCGGAGAUUUUGCCCUGAAAACAUUGUACUAUGGCGAGUACAUGAACAAUGGGCCAGGUGCCGGCACCAGCAAGAGGGUGAAGUGGCCAGGUUAUCAUGUCAUCACCAGUGCGGCUGAAGCCAUGAAAUUCACAGUGUCUGUGCUGAUACAGGGUGGGUCUUGGUUGAAGGCCACUGGGGUAGCCUACACUGAAGGCUUGUGAAUUAGGUUUUCAGUUUCUUUUAAUUGUUCACUUGUCCUUCGUCCUCUUAACUAGUGUUCUUCUGGGUUGUAAGGUAUGUUCUAGUAAUAAUCAAAUAACCCUUUUCUAUACAUAAA